AUGGCCUCGUCCUCGAGUCACGAGAACCCGGAGUGGACUGGGCAGGACGUCAGGCCCCUCUCUUCCGAGCUGGAUCAGGCGGACGAAGCGUCCAAAGCCGAGCUCGCCGUCGCCCGGACCAAGGCCCGUGGCUUGGAACUCCAGGCGCCCAUCAUUGAAGUCCAGACUUGCUGCCCUGUCAGCUACCCCUUCUUUCCCUGCGUGCAGGAAGAAGUGCUGCACCUGAUCUUCGGGAACGAGAAGAUGGCCCUGGUCAGGCGUUUAGCGCCGGACUUGAAGGAAGGUUGGGUGCCGCUGGAGUCCCUGGGUCCAGUGCGUGCCUACGACUUCUUGGUGAAAGCAUGGGCUCAGUAUGGCCAAGCAGUAGGGCUGGUGGCAGAGCCAGUGGAUCUCGACCACGCGCGCGUCCUCGUGGUGAUCCAGAUCCUGGAGGACUCCAUCCUGAGCGACUGGAACGCUCGAUGCGCCGCGAGCUUCUGCCGAGAUCGAGUGGUUCCCGGCGAUGUGAUCCUCUCGGUGAAUGGUUUCCAGGGCCAGGACAUGGUGCCUCCGCUCCGGCGCCCGCUGCAUAUCCUGGAGAUGCACGUGCUGCGCCGGCCGGCACGGCCUUGGACCCAGGUGUUGGCGGCCUGCAAGAGGCGGAAGAUGAACACUUUCCCAGGGUGGCCCUUGACUUGA